ACAGGAAAGAGAGAUGGUUGUAAUGGCGGGAGCAUGUGAAGAGUGCAUCAGGAAUUGUCAGUUGACUCAUCGUAACAAGAUGGAUUUAUCACCCAGUGUGACCCGUUUUUUCAAAGUCUUGGUUGGGGAUGAUUUUUCACAGUUUCUGUUAUUGCCCCGUAAAUUUGCUGAUACAGUGAUGUAUUUGGCUAAUCAAGAAACCAAACUUGAGGACUCAAAUGGUGUGCAAUGGACAGUAACAUUGUCGCUUGUUAAGAAUUCACUUGCUUUCAGUAGGGGUUGGCCGGAGUUUUCAUUAGAUCAUAAUUUGCAAGCUGGAGACUUUUUGUUAUUCAAUUAUAUCAAGGGAACUCACUUUGUUGUUUAUAUUUUUGACAAAAGCUGUUGUGAAAGAGCAUCUGAUAAAAUUGGCUUGCCACGUAAAAGAGCUCGAACCAGAGGGAGUAUAUCCUCUGGGGGUAAACCUUGUGAGAAAAUAGAUACCAACCCAAUCAACAGACAGAAUUCGAGCACCUCAGGCGUGUCUGGAUCAAACUCCAAAAACAACCACAUCCUACCAACCACCACAAAUAGCACUCUAAAUGCUGAAGGUGGCAAUGGAAAUUGGUCCUUCUUGGACAGUUCCUUUGAUAUGAUGAUAGACUGGGAUGCUGGGCCUGGACCGGGUGAAAGGAGGAUGUGUUUGUAUGAUUUGUCUGAGUUUGAAUUGCAGGGAGAUAAGGAAGUUGCUGACACUGAUAAAGGUAUAGAUGCAGUACAAAGUACUUCUGGCCACACUCAGACAAGCAUGAGAUCCCAAGAUGAGGCAGAUAAAGAUCCAACAGGAACCAAGGUUGGAACCAAGGAUUUGAAGAUGGCUACUUUUACGGAGGAGACUGAUAUGGGAAUGAUGGUGAAUGAAAAGGACUUGGAAGCCAAGGGUGAUAUGUUGCUUGAACGUGAUACUGAUAAAGGGAUAGAUGCAGUACAAGGUACGUCUGAACACACUCAGACAAGCCUGAGAUGUCAAAAUGGGGCUGAUAAAGAUCCAACAGGACCCGAGGAUUUGAAGUUAGCUACUUUUACAGAGGAGAAUGAUAUUGGCGUGAUGGUGAAUGAUGACGACUUGAAACCUGAGGAUGGUAUGUUGCUUAAAUGUGACACUGAUAAAGGUAUUGAUGCAGUACAAGGUUCUUCUGGCCACUCUCAGACAAGCUUGAGAUGUCAAGAUGGGGCAGAUAAAGAUCCAACAGGAGCUGAGGAUUUGAAGAUAGCUACUAUUACAGAGGAGACAGAUAUUGGCAUGAUGGUGAAUGUCAACAACUUGGAAGCUGAGGAUGAUAUGUUAUCUGAGCGUGACUCUGAUAGAGGAAUAAAUGCAGUACAAGGAACUUCUGACCACGGUAUUGGCAUGAUGGUGAAUUACGAUGAGUUGAAACCUGAGGAUGGUAUGUUGCUGAAAUGUGACACUGAUAAAGGUAUUGAUGCAGUACAAGGUUCUUCUGACCACUCUCAGACAAGCUUGAGAUGUCAAGAUGGAGCAGAUAAAGAUCCACCAGGAACUGAGGAUUUGAAGAUAGCUACUUUUACAGAGGAGACAGAUAUUGGCAUUAUGGUGAAUGACAACAACUUGGAAGCUAAGGAUGAUAUGUUACCUGAGCAUGACUCUGAUAGAGGUAUAAAUGCAGUAGAAGGAACUUCUGACCACAGAGAGGUAAGCUUGAGAUGUCAAGAUGGGGCUGAUAAAGAUCCAACAAGAACUAAAGAUUUGGAAACAGCUACUUUUACAGAGGAGACUGAUAUUGGCAUGCUGGUGAAUGACUAUAAUUUGGGAAGCAAGGAUGCUAUAUUACUUGAAUGUGAAAAAGUUCCCUUGGCUGACCGCUCUAAUAGCCUUCCAACGGUUCUUUGUCCAGAACUUGGUGAAAAAGGUGGUAACAUGUCAAAUGUGUAUAUCCAACUCCAGAAUGCUGAGAGGAGCAACAAGAAAUACGAUGUUGAUUGGAGUUCCCCAUAUGCUGAUGAAGGAGCUUGCUUCAGAGACAGUCAAGAGGAAUUUGCAGGUGAAACAAAGAAAAUGGUGAGAAAAGAGCAUCCGGAUACAAGAGAGGAAGGGGAUUCUUCUGCUAAGAGGUUAAGAGGUUUGAAGCCAUUGAGCAUAAAGGAGAUUGGUAGUUCCUCUCAAGGUCCUUGUGUGUGCAAACCUGUGAAACUUGAGCCAGUUGAUUUACUUGAUAUUCCUUCAUCAGUUACUGAGAGUCUCACUUGUUUGGCAAUGAUGGAUGGCCGACCUUACCUUGAGUUACCAGCAAAGUUGCCGGGAAUUACAUACAGAAAGGGGAUGGACAGGAAGUCUGUCUUGCUUCAAGAUCAGGAGAAAAGAUUCUGGCCAGCUCUCUAUUAUUACAGAUCAGGUUUUCAUGUUUUGACAGGUUGUUGGGAUAAGUUUAACAAAGAACAUCGCAUUCAAGCUGGAGAUCAUUAUAUUUUUCAAGCUGAACAUGUAUACCGGGGCAUAUACAAAGUCAGUGUUCUUCACCAGUAAGAGGCGACUAAUCCUCAUGUUUGGAUUAAAAAGUGCUCGGCUUCAGCAUGCAUGAGCUAUUUUGUAGACAGUAGUAUGAAGUUUCCAGCUGUGACUUAAUUGAAUCACAUUAUUAAGUAGCCUAGGCUUGGAUAACAGAACCCUUAUGUAAAUAGCUAGUGGAAUGUUUACUGAUGUCUUUUGUUGCAAAGAUCGUCCAUAGUUUGGAGAUGUAUGCUUGUUUUGCCUGCUCGCUUCUUGUCCUCCAUCAGUUUCUGGGUGCUAAUGAUUUCAUGCGUUACUCGCACUUAACUA